AAGUGCUAUGGGAACGUCUACACACUGUGGCUGGGAUCUAAACCUAUGAUCGUACUGUCCGGAUUCGAAGCGGUGAAAGAAGGGCUGAUAAACCUCUCAGAAGACUUUGCUGACAGACCCGUGACCCCUUUAAUCCAAGCUUUAGGGCUUUUCAUGGGUACAGGUAUUGUAUUUACCAAUGGCCACACCUGGAAAGAACAGAGGAAGUUUGGCAUAGUUACCAUGCGGAAGCUGGGACUGGGGAAGAAAGGCCUGGAGCGCCAAAUAGAAGAGGAGGCCUAUCAGCUAGUUGAAACUUUUGCACAGGCAAAAGGGCAGCCAUUUGACCCUUCAUUGCCCAUCACUAAUUCCAUCUGCAAUACGAUCUGUGCUGUGGCUUUUGGACACAGAUUCUCUGUUGAAGAUGAAGAAUUCCUCAAAUUGAUGGAAGCCAUUGAUGAUUUUUCCAACUUUCUAGGCAGCCUCUUUCAUGGUCUGUAUGAAAUCUUCCCACGGAUCAUGAAACGUCUCCCAGGGCCUCACAAGAAGGCACUCGCACAUGCAAAAGCUGUGCACACAUUUUCCAAGAAGGAAAUAGAGAAGCAUAAGGAGUAUGAGGCUGUGCAUGAGCCACAAGAUUUCAUUGAUUUCUAUCUAUUGCAAAUGAAGAAAAGCAAGAAUGACCCCAACUCUACGUACAAUGAGGAGAACCUGGCUCAGAGUAUUUUUGAACUUUUCGUGGGAGGGACAGAAACAACGUCCUUGACUUUGCAGUGGGCAUUGAUCCUCAUGGCAACUCACCCAGACAUCCAGCAGAAAGUCCAAAAGGAGAUCGAAGAUGUUUUGGGUUCUGCUCAGUCAUUCAACUAUCAAGAUCGAAAGAGAUUGCCUUACACCAAUGCUGUGAUUCAUGAGAUCCAGCGGUUCCAAUAUAUUCUAUUAGUUGGGACCCCCAGACAAUGUGUAAAGGAUGUGACGAUGUUUGGUUUUCUUAUUCCCAAGGGAGCCAUUAUUUUUUCAGACCUCCGCUCUGUUCUUCUUGAUCCCAAGUACUGGGAGAAACCUCGGGAGUUCAACCCAAAUCAUUUUUUGGAUAAGGAUGGAAGUUUUUUGGAAAGAGAAGCAUUUCUUCCAUUUGGUGCAGGAGCCCGUGUGUGCCUGGGAGAACAGCUGGCAAAGAUUGAGCUCUUCAUCUUCUUCACCAGCCUGCUGAGGGCAUUUACUUUUCUGAUUCCAGAAGGUGUGAAAGAACUCACUGGAAAACCUAUAGUAGGGGCAUCAGUGGUUCCCCAACCUCAUAAGCUCUGUGCUGUUCCCCGCUGUACAAAUUAA